GGACUUCAGUAUGUCUAGCAGCCGUCGAGCCGCACGCAUCCUCUCUGGGUGAAGACGAGUCCGGGUCACCACGCUCCGUCUCUGCCUUAUUAAAACUCAACUCAGGUGCCAUGGAGGACUCGAGUAGUUGACGUUUUCUGCUGUAACCUUCUCUUUUUAAGUAUUCCCCCGUCUGAUCAUUGAGUUUCCGAAAUCCUGACGACUUUUUGAACGGCUUUUUUGUCCCCACGACCAAGCUACAAGAAAUCAUGAAGUACAUUAUCGGCAUCGGCGGCGUCACCAACGGAGGGAAAACCACCCUCACCAACCGUCUCAUCAAGAACCUGCCAAACUGUUGUGUUGUGCAUCAAGAUGACUUCUUCAAGCCACAAGAUCAAAUUGAAGUUGGCGACGAUGGCUUUAAGCAGUAUGAUGUCAUUACUGCUUUGGACAUGGACGCCAUGAUGAGUACCAUCUACGCGUGGCUGGAGAAUCCGGUGAAGUUCGAGAAGUCUCACGGCGUUAAUAACACCUUGGAUGAUGAGAUCGUGCCCAAGUCUGACCAAAAGGAGGAGGAGACUCACAUCCUGAUUGUGGAGGGCUUUCUGCUCUACACCUACGGACCUUUGAUCGACGUGUUAAACCAGCGUUACUUCAUUUCCAUCCCGUACGACGAAUGCAAAAAGAGGAGGUGUUCAAGAAACUACAGCGUCCCAGAUCCACCGGGCCUGUUCGACGGCCACGUUUGGCCCAUGUACCUGAAACACAAAACCAUCAUGGAGACAUCUGGAGUUGAUGUUGUGCAGCUAGAUGGAACCAAGUCAAAGGAGCAGCUGUUCAACUUUGUCUAUGGGGACAUCCUCAAUAACAUCCAAAAGUCUCACUAAGGACAAAUGUACAACAACAAAGGUCCCUGGCCGGCGUUUGGAGCAUACAGCCUUUAUAACCAUCGUGCCAAAGCCACACUGCUCGCCUUAAGUUUGUACCUGGCAGCUCUUUGGCUGACUGCUCAGUUUUGUACAUUUUUAAACGGCAUAAAAUGCUGCUGAUAUUUUUUUUUUAUAUCUACAAUAUUUAUUGCUUAUUUCAGCCUGUCACUGCUGAGUCGAUGGAUGUGUUAAAGAGGAUGCUUGCCUUUGGCUGUAUGUCAAUAAAUGAUCCUCCAAUGUCA